AUGAGAAGUGUAUAUGAAGCAGCAGAAAAAUCUAAGGUGAAAAACCCGUCGACUCUUUCCUCACUAAAGAUCGUUUAUACUGGUGGUGAAAACCUUGGAGAAGCAUUGGAAAAAUAUUUUACAAAAAUAACGCCCCAUUGUAAGGUCGUAAAGUGUUAUGGAAUGACGGAAGUGGCUGGCGGGAUAGCCUCUACUGAAAAAAUUAGCACCCAAAAAUACGUAAACGGUGGUGUUUUAAAAAGUGGUUUCAUGGUAAAACUCAUUGAUGAUGAUGGAAACUCUCUUGGAUCGAACCAAAUUGGAAUAGUUUGUGUCAAACCAGCUACCCCGUUCUUAGGGUAUCUGAAAAAUGAUCUGGCCAACAAGGAAUCUUUCAUUGAAGGAGGUUGGUUCAACACAGGAGACAUAGGAGUUGUGGAUUCGGAUAAUUUGUUGAACAUUUUCACCAGAGAAAAACACAUUUUACGUUAUGCCGAUGGAAAGAUAAUUUUUCCAGAUACAAUUGAAGACAUCGUAAAUAGUUUUGAUGGUGUUCAUUCAUCAGCUCUGAUAGGAAACUUUAGUAAGGAAAAUCCCAAACAAUAUUGUGGAACAAUUUUUGUAGUUCCCCAAGAUUUUAUUGUAAAUCUAGCUGAUUUCGAAAAUGAUUUUAGAGCUUAUUUGAGAAAGGAACUAACCAAGGAGCAACUUAAAAUUAUAAAGUACUUCAAAGUGAUAGAUGAUUUACCAAAGACAACUUGCUAUAAAAUUGAUAGGAUGGCCUUGAAGAAGAUUGUCCAUGGUGGCUAUAAAAUAUAAUUAAAUCUUAUUUACUUGAAGAUUUCUAAAUAAAUGUUAAGAUA